AAGCCAGACAGAUGUGUUGGUCCUGCCAGUACGUGUUAAGAGGAGCGGGCAAGGAGGAGUGUUCGGCGGCCCCAGGCAACUGGACGGGAGGCGAGUCUAGGAUCCGGUGUCCGACCAAGUGCAUUAUUACCGCAGAGUUCGAUUCUGUGACAGGAGAACCAACCUUCAUACACAGAGGCUGUGGUAUGUUUCAGCAGCCGGACGGGUGCUUGGACAAUGGCGCUAGACACAGCUGUUUCUACUCAUGCCAAGGCAAGAACUACUGCAACAAUAAGAAAUUAAGUAAAUCGCCGAAAUGUGCAGACUCCGUUGGAACCGGAAACAUGGUGGACUCCAUGACGUUUAUUGUACAUACGUGUUUAUCAUUGUUUGUCUGUUAUGUUAUAUCACUCUGCAUGCUGAAACCUACUUAA